AUGGAGGACACCGCAAAUUUGGUGGUGUAUCGUAAUGGUGAGAUAAUACGUAAUACUCAUGAGGGAGUGAGGUUUGUGUCACAAAAUUCGUUUUCGUUUGUGGUUCCAUGCACGAUGACGUUAAUGGAGCUGCAGAACGGGCUAUGUCAGAGCAUGGAGAAUGGUACGUUAAUGAGAGUGAGCAGAAUUCUGUACCGAAAUCCGGUUGUGGUUUUUGGUGGCCUAAUACAGUUUGAUACCAUUCCGAUCACGGAUGAGGCGAGUAUGCAGAAUAUGUUUGAAAUUCACCGGCAGACUUAUAUGAGACACCCACAGAUUGAGUUGUACGUUGAGUUUGAAGCUGAAGAGGCAGUAGCGGUCCAAAAUGAUAUAGAUGUAAAUGAUGAUAUAGCUGCAGUGUACGAAGGUAUGAAUAGUGACAGCGAAGAGGACUUCGAAGCCACUUAUGAAGCCGGCGAUGAAGAUGAGGAUAGUGAUGUGGGAGUUGAGGCAGCAGUGGAGAAUGUAGUGGUUCGUCCCUCGAGCAGUCAACCGAUGGGCGUUCCACCUUUUAUGUGUGAGUUGGAUCUCGACGCCAUGCAUGCCCCCGAGUUUCCGGAAUAUGCAAACAGAGGUAUUGCUGAUCCUGAGGACGGAGAGUUCCGAAUUGGAAUGGAAUACAGCUCUAGAAAGUCGGUGGUUGCAGCAAUUAGAAGUUUCACUAUAUCUAGAGGAGUUGACUAUGAUGUGUUUGAGUCUGAGCCACAGACGUUCUAUGCAAAAUGCAAGAUGUACGGGCGUGGAUGUGACUGGCUUAUCCGAGCCAGCUUGAUACGGAGAAAAGGUUGUUGGGAGAUACGCAGAUACAACGGUAGGCACACGUGCACCAUCGGAACGAUUUCACAAGAUCAUUCCAAGUUGGACUCAGAUACAGUUGCUGAGGCUAUAAGGCCCUUGGUCGAGUCGGACCCGUCCAUCAAGGUGAAAUCUAUAAUUGCGGAAGUCCAGUCAAGGUUCAACUAUACCAUCAGUUAUCGAAAGGCUUGGUUGGCAAAGCAGAAGUCAGUUGCGCUCGUUUUCGGUGAUUGGGAGGAAUCCUACCAAGCAUUGCCGUGGUGGCUCUCGGUCAUGGUGCAGAAGAUUCCUGGUUCAGUUGUCCAAAUAGAAACACGACCACUCUACAACGGGAACGAGGAGGCACAAGGUGUUGACGGCACACACCUAUACGGAAAAUACAAAGGUACACUUCUAGUCGCUGUUGCACAAGAUGGGAACCAGAACAUUGUGCCUAUCGCCUUUGCCUUGGUGGAAGGUGAGACAGCUGAUGCGUGGCACUUCUUCCUCAGGAAUCUGCGAACGUAUGUUGUUAGAAAAGACGGUGUGGGUAUGAUCUCAGACCGGCAUGAGUCAAUACGGGCAGCAGUUAAUCGUUCCGGUGGUGACUGGCAACCUCCAAGAGCAUGGUGGAUGUUUUGUAUAAGACACAUCGGCAGUAACUUCUUAAGGGCAUUCAAAGUCCCUCACUUGCAGAAGCUUGUUGUCAAUAUAGGGUAUUCAAGAACGGUGGAGGAGUACAAUACCAACUAUAAGAGGUUGGAAGAGCGAGGCGAGGCAUAUGCCAGGUGGUGCGAUGCCAUCGGACUCAGACAUUGGGUAUUGGCAUUCGACGAGGGACAUCGAUGGGGCCAUAUGACAACAAACCUUGUGGAGUGUAUUAACUCAGUGUUGAAGGGUGCCCGUAAUCUACCUGUGUUGGCGCUGGUACGAGCAACAUAUUAUAGGUUAAAUGAACUCUUUACGCGGAAGAGUGCGGAGUCUCACGAACGCAAGCGUGCUGGAUUUACGUACUCCGCAUUUGCGCAACAGCGGAUAGAAGCAAGUAUGCAACAGGCUGGGAACAUAGUUGUGCACCGCUUUGAUAGAAGAAAUGAGGUGUUUGAGGUGCGCGAAAUGACUACUGGAAAGGUGUUAGUUGUUGAUCUAGCGCGACGGACGUGUGACUGUGGGCACUUUCAGGUUGAACGAAUACCAUGUCGCCAUGUUAUUGCUUGCUGUGCUAACCAGCGUCUUGAUUGGCAGUUGUAUGUGCAUGAUGUGUACAAGAUGACGGAAGUUCGUAAGGUUUAUAAGUUUGAGUUCACACCCUUAGGAGAUCCUGAGACAUGGCCUGCUUAUGAGGGACCCACAUUGGUCGCUAAUCCCGCACAGAGGCGGACGUCUAAAGGCAGGCCCAAACUGACCCGAUACCUGAAUGAAAUGGACUCGCGUGACAUGCGUGGUCCUCGGAUAUGCCGUCUCUGUGGGGCUCAGGGUCAUAGUCGGAGUAGGUGUCCGCAGCGUGCUGGACCGAGUGGUGCUGGUUCGUAG